CUUGGGGGUCACAUUACGGCGUAGAUACACCGGAGGUAAGCCGAGAUGCACACGGGUGCGUUUUCGCAGCUCUCAUCGCAGUUUGGCGAAAGCUGGACGGUGUUUUAACAGACCAUCGGGCACUUUUUGGCCUUAAAAGGGGGAGUUUACUAACUUUCCUGCCAGGAGUCAACAGGCGACUUGCGGGACUACAGUGCGCCCGAGCCGGCCAAAGUGAAGCACCGAAGAGGCGGGGGAUUGUGGACUAAAUCUAAAUAGUUAUUGCUAUUUUAUUGCGCUUAUGUUUGCGGGUCGCAAAGACGUGCCUGAGAGAGGAGGGGAAGGGCCAGUCUGAUUCCUGGGGGGGUGGGGGGCUACGGUCAGCUUCGGCAGGGCAGAAAUGGCCGCGUAUCCCACGGAAUGUGAGUGAGUCGCCUGGCCAAGUGCCCCGCCAGGAUCGCGCUUGCCCACGAUUCCCCCCUGCCCUUCUCCUCUGGCUGCGGGGACGAUGGGACCCCACCCAGCUCCGCUGUCCCUGCUUCUGGGGCUCCUGGUCCCCGUCCAUGUUCUUGCUCACAGCUACUUCACGUGUGAGCCAAUCAGGGUGCCCCGCUGCCUGGACAUGGCCUACAACAUGACCUUCUUCCCCAACAUGAUGGAGCACUACGACCAGGACAGCGCCGCCAUCAGGAUGGAGCCAUUCAUGCCCCUGGUUAACCUCCAGUGCUCCCCGGACGUGCACAACUUCCUCUGUCAGGCCUUUGUUCCGGCCUGCAUUGAGCCCAACAAAGUGAUGGUGCCCUGCCGUGCGCUAUGCAAGACGGUGCACGCCGACUGCCACAAGGACAUGGCCAUGUUUGACCUCGCCUGGCCCCCAGAACUACAGUGUGACAGGCUAGAUGAGUGCAGUACUUCUGAUGAUUCAGGCACUUUCCCUGCAAAGCAUGCAACCACACCAAAGACCUCUGCAUCAGUGAGAAGGGAUCUGGGAUUCUGGUGCCCAUUGCCUCUCAAAACUCUGCCGGGGCUCGGCUCCUCCUUCCUUGGGGCAAAGGACUGUGCCCCCCCUUGCGCCAACAUGUACCUCAAGCCGAACGAGGUCGAAUUCGCCAAGAACUUCAUUGGCGUGUUGUCCGUCGUCUGUCUAUGUGCCACGCUCUUCACCUUCCUCACCUUCCUCAUAGAUGUCAAGCGCUUCCGCUACCCGGAGCGCCCCAUCAUAUUCUACGCCGUCUGUUAUAGCUUUGUGUCGCUCAUCUACUUCGUCGGCUUUCUGCUGGGCAACAACAUGGCCUGCAAUCGGGCGACCCUCCCCGGCGCCGUGGAGACCGUGGUGCUCGGCUCGCAGAACAAGGGCUGCACGUUGCUCUUCAUGCUGCUCUACUUCUUCUCCACCGCCGGCACCGUCUGGUGGGUCAUCCUCACGAUCACCUGGUUCUUGGCGGCGGGGCCCAAGUGGAGCUGUGAGGCCAUCGAGAAGAAGGCCGUGUGGUUCCACUCGACGGCCUGGGGGGUGCCUGGGGCGCUGACUGUCAUGCUGUUGGCGCUGAACAAGGUGGAGGGCGACGGCAUCAGCGGCGUGUGCUUCGUGGGCCUCUACGACCUGCACGCUCUGCGCUACUUUGUUCUGGCUCCGCUCUGCGUGGCCGUGGCCGUGGGUCUGUCUUUCCUCCUGGCUGGCAUCGUCUCUCUCAACAACGUGCGGCAGGUCAUCCAGCACGACGAGCGCAACCAGGGAAAGCUGAAGAAGUUCAUGAUCCGCAUCGGCGUGUUCAGCGGCCUGUACCUGCUGCCGCUGGUUGCCCUGCUGGGGUGUUAUGUCUACGAGCAAGCCCACCGUGGGACGUGGGAGAACACCUGGAUCAAUGACCGCUGCCAGGAGUACAGCAUCCCUUGCUCCUAUAAGAAAAAGGAACUGGAUCGGCCAAACCUGUCCCUCUUCCUAAUCAAGUACCUGAUGACGCUGGUGGUUGGAAUAUCGACUGUGUUUUGGGUCGGCAGCAAGAAGACGUGCUCCGAAUGGGCUUUCUUCUUCAACAGGACUCGCAAGAAGGAUCCCAUCAGCGAGAGUCGCAGGGUUCUGCAGGAAUCCUGCGAUUUCUUCCUGAAGCACAACAGCCGGGUCCAGCACAAGAAGAAGCAGUACAAGCACAGCUCCCACAAGCUUAAGGUCAUCUCCAAGUCCAUGGGCACCAGCACGGGAGCGGCCACCGCCUUGGGCGAUGGCCCGGGCCGAGCCUCCACCUCCGGGGAGGCCCUGGGCACCUCCGAGACCCCUCCCGUGGAGCUGGUGGAGUCUAGAGCCGCGAGCCGAGGGCCCAAGUCUGAGGGGAAAGAGUUGGCUGGGGUGGAGAGGCGCAGCAAAGGCGGCAGCUCCGAGAAGGUCAGCAGCCACUCUGACAGUUUCCAGAGGGCCCCAGAUGGAAGGACAACGUCAUGUGAUGUGACUGACGGUAAGCAGCUGACCAGCAGCCAGCUCCUCAACCCCACCCACCAUGGCAGCUUGAAAGGCUCCGCCCCAGUUCUGGCCCGCCUGGAAUCCAAGGAAACAGCUGCUCCAACUCUUGAGGCUGGAGCUGUCUGCAAUGCCCUCACUUAGCCAGAAGGGGGUACUCAUCGUGGCUGAAAAGGGACUUGGCACCCAGACCUCUGAAAGGAGACUGCCUUGUGAGCCGGUCUGAGUCAUAGGUCAUUGGCAUUAGUUCUUCACUGCCGCAUGUGGUCGUUGUAAAGCUGAAGUAUCCUUCGUGUGGUUUUUAAGGAGAUCUGUAGCAUAUCUGCGAUGGUAAACUAUUAUCAUGAGGGAUACUUAGGAAUGAAUUAAGAAUUGAUUUUAAAAACCACUGGAGUGAUAUUUCGGUGAUGUGGCAACACUGGAAUCUAGUCUGUACACUGUUUUGGUGGGAUGUGAGCGUAGAUGUGUAAAAAGCACAAUGGUUUCAGACUACUUUGUAAUGUCAGAUUCAUGGGAAACAUUAUGGCCCCCCUGUGUCAUGUCGGAAACCAAAUUGACAUUAUUUUACUUUACAUAGCAUCUUUUAGGCUUAUUCAGAAUAUUCCAAACAGGGCCAUAUCUGUUUGUAUGGUUUGCAUGCUGAAUGUUUUCCAUGGCUUUUCUCCAAGUCUUUGGAUAUUAAGCUUUGCUGGUAUAAAUGUACAUUACAAUAUGUACCUGUGGUUAUAUUUUAUCCAGACAUAUGUGUAGUUGUCUUCAGUAUUAUUGUGUAUGAUAUUAUAUUUAAGUGUAACGUCGGUGUCUUUGUGCAAUUUUCAUUUUAAAUCAUACUUAGUAUCAUACUUCGUAUGUACAAGGACACCCAAGAAACAAAAUUUUACAUCAAUAUUAAUGUAUAUUUGAUUUUCUUCACACCACAACACAAUCCUGUGUUUUUAUAGUAAUACUUUAAAAUUUUGACCCCUAUCUGACGUUCCAGAUGCAUAAUGGAAAAAACAUUAAAAAUGAUUAAGUUCCAAAAUUCUGAAGCACUUCUGCUUGUGGCUAACGUGGUAUCCAUUAUGUCUUGAGAAAUGGGGUCUUAUCUCCUACUUUUAAAAAUACUUUGUGUUUAAUUAUGCCUCUUUAUGGCCACAAAUACUUGUUGAUAUUCCCCUACCUGUAUGUCUAGCUCUACCAUUGUGGCAUUAAGCUACAUUAAGGCGGAAGAAUGAUUAUCAUCAUAUCUAAAAGGAAGCCGUGAUUAAAAUGUAAUUACCAGAGCAUAGACGGGUGUGAGGUAUCCGGAACGUGCUUUGGGGCAGUCAGAGGGUUUCUGGUUUCAUCUGAUUUACAUUUGAUGUUAUGUUUGUUGUUGAACGUUCAUACAGUAGUAUUCUACAACAAAGGUUUUUUUUAUCUAGUGUUUUCCUGUGGUAAACUUUUUUUUUGGUGAUUUGCAUUUAUGUUUUUGACUUUUCACUUGAGAUGUUUUGCUUUGAAAUGCUUCUUUGUUAGGGCAGGUGGAGACUCUGUGGGGGAAAAUAAGCUGGAGAAUGUGCCAUUUUAUCCAAAAGGGAAUUAAAAUCACAGCAGAAGGAGAAUUUAAUGAAAGCUGUAGGGUUUCUAGAUCUGUAUCUAUAGAAUGCAUGCCGCAACAGAACAUAUACAAAGAAAAAACAGGCUUGGCGUGUAGCUUUUAUUGUCUGACGACAAAUUGAUUGUGUUGGUUUCUCGAGUGAACAGAAAGCACCAAAAAUGUCACUUUUAUAGAAUUUAAGCAAUUUUUGUUCCUGACCAUCUGUGAAUUAAUGGAUGCUGAUGGGUGUUUUCAAAACCCACAUGUUGUCUGCAGAUAAAUGUAUCCUAGUGAUUUCCUGCACCUUCACCUGUUUCUGUGUGGUGCUCACAGAAGGCUGAUGGAGGGAAUGAUUGAUCACAGAUGGUUGGCAGUGUUUCCAUUUGGAGGGAAUAUUGCCUUGCGAUUAACCAAGGGCUUAUUACUGAUCUUUGGGCUGAUCUUGGGCCUCUCCAAAUACUAUUGGGUUGGUUUUAAUGGUAAUUCAAAAAAAACAUGCAAACGGAAAUCGCCCUUUAAAACUCUCUAUUACUUUCUUUUCAUUCUGAAUUUUGAAUAAGUCCUUAAGAGCUUCUCAUGUAUUGUUUUUCUUUGAUCAGCAUUUCAACUGUUACUUAUUUGAAUAAUAGCCUGUACCUCGAAUAAACACCUUUGAAAUUAA